AUGGCUCGCUUAAACGAAUCGACAACCUCGACGGAAUCCGUUGAAAUUUUGAAACGGCGAUUCGUGCGCCAGAAUCGUGAAAUUGCCCGAGUGAAUUCAAUACAGUCCCUUCGAAUCCGCAGCCUCGAGUCCGAAGUUUCGCAUCUCCUUUCAGAAAAUGUUUCCCUCAGGGAGCGAGUCAUCAACCUUAGCCAAGAAAUAGAGAGAUUCGAGGCGGCCAAGUUGUUUCAGGAUGGAGUCAACAACAUCAAGGCGAGACUUGACAAUAAGUUGAUGGAGCUAGGAGGCUUAGUGGCUGAUUUGGGCGCAUUGCCGCGCAGAUUCAACAAGUCAGCCGGCGGGAUAACAGAAUUUGCAUACCAGGAACGACCAGGCUUACAUUCAAGACAUAACAUAGCUGAUCUUGAAGCUUAUCCCGUACCCGAGCAAGACGGUAGGCUUCCGGUUAUCCUUGAAGACAAAUAUUAUCCACGAAAGACAUUAGAGCCGCAGGAAAUGCAAGAAAUGAUGAACAACAAUAUGGACGUCGCGCCAUCUUCAGGCCAAGAGGAACCUUCGGUAUCCCAAAUAGACAGCAUGGCCGAUGGUCCAUCCUCGACAUUGUUUGAAGGAGUUACUAAUACCCAAGAAUUUGACGGCUUCCCAAGUCCUAAUGAGGUUCUUCUCCCCCCAACUCUUGAAACAAGAAAAAAGAGGAAGGCUGGGUCCGGCAAAAUACGCGAAGAUAUCUACGACAUGAGCCCCGGAGAUUUUCCUGCACGAAGAGAGUCAAGUUUCUUGCUAAAUCCAGGUUCGAAACGUAAAUUCUCCGGUAGUGACGAUGGUGAUUUUGCACCAGCACUCCCAGAUGAAGAUGAUUUCCAAUUCACUCGACCUACCCAGUUGCCACAAUUGACGCAUGAUCAAUUACUACUGAUACGCAGCGAUCAGUCUCCAGUCAAGAGGCAGAUCUCCCAGAAGGAAGGCUCUAAGAGUGAUAGCCGACCUAAGCGGAAAGCUCUCGAGCCGAAGAGCACAAACUUGUCUUCAAUCGAACCGCAAGCUACUGGAGUCAGUGAACAAGAUUGUAAGACCCCAGCAAGAAUGAACAAUGCGAUCGACGAGAAUGGACUGAUAGCCCCAGCCCAUUUGCAGGAGCAUAUACGUGGUCAAAAAAUAGUCCCGAACGAGAGGUCACAUUGCAAUGGUUCGGAUAAGACUAAGCAAGAAGAGGGUGGGAAUGAGCAUUUUCGAAAUCACACUCACGUGUCUGAAGACACAUCACGCUCAUCUUCGCCACCUGAUGAAGUAUCUCGAGUACAACACAGCCUUGAGACAUCGAUGUCCCUACCUAAUACUUCAUCUCGACCCACGAGGCGCCAGAGAUCUGUCGUAAGCUACGCAGAACCUAAUCUAAGGGAUAAGAUGAGACGUCCUACGGAUGAGUUCAUAGCAGCAGUCGGAGGCGACCAUCAUCCAAGGAGGACAUCCGGUUCUAGUUCUGUACGAACGACUUCAAACGAUGAAUUUGACGAGCGUAAAAGUGGCAAAAUCAAUGCAAGAAAAAAGCGAGACUCAGACAUGGAAGGCAGAGACCCUAGCGCACUUCCGACGGCCUCUUCCGGCAACCUUCCUAGACAACCAGCGAACAUGAUGUCUCGGAAACAAAGGAAGGCUUCACUUGCAAGUAAAGAAGAUGCACCACCUGUCAAUGGUCCUACGAAUGAUAUAAACGAAGCCCAGGCCUGUCGGAUAGUUGGGGGCCGCGAGCUGAAUGGGGUUUCAAGUGACCAACCUAUGACCAGGGUACGAACGGGAAGCACAGGGAAGCACGGAUCACCGACUGCAAUGGGCCCUAGUGACAUGCCGAUGGAGCUAUCCAAGAGUAUACCUAGAGCAGCAGCAGUUACCAGCAGGCUGUCCCGACGGCACUCCUCAAACCCCAGAUCGUCUGGGCGGGAUCAUCAUUCCCCAGAACACGAGAUGAGUGUUUCAGGUACCGAGAAAGAAAGUAUGACAGGGUUUCGAGCUUGUUUAGGAGGGUCUAAUGAUGCAUCAGUUGGGAAUAUCAGCGAACCGAGGGCAUUCAUGUAUGCCACAGAAGCUCCUCCAUCAGCCAUGGGGCUAGCAAUACAUGCCAGGCAGGUAAGGCGCGUGCCACGCGCUGGCAGGAGAAAAAGUAUGAUAUUGUGA